AAACUGAAAUUCCGAAUUAUAGGGAAUCUUCAAUGUAUCAAAGUUUACAUCAAUUUGGUUGGUCAAUAAUCGUAGUUUGAUGAAAAAUUCAAAUUUGUAGAGAAUUGUCCAAUAGGAAUGAGCGAAUCUGACAGAACGUCAAACAUGUGUCAAACAACGCGAAACGGCGUGCGGUAUUGCGUGUGAUGACUUGACCUAAUUAUACAAAUACCCCCCGGUUUUUUGAUGAGUUUAGGGUAGGGACGGUUCGAUGCUGCACUUUUCUUCCGCGACGAAUAUCGAUUUUACUCGCAAACUACGGACUCCGCAAACGCAAACACGAUGACAAUCUAUUCGUGCCUCCUGGCCAAAACUAACCUCAAUGUCCUGUGUAAACAUUUGCAGGGCAUUCGGCUGGUAACUUUCAGGAAUGUAGGAAACAUGUCACAGCAGGUCAAACGACAAACGCACGUCGUGAACAUCAGAAACAGCCAAUCAUUCCAUCGUUACAAGACCACACUGCCCAAAGAGCAAGGGACAAAGAGGAGUGAUUACAGUCGGUUGUUCUCAUUAGCCAAGCCUGAGAAAUGGAAACUGUCUGGUGCUGUGCUAUUGCUAUUCAUAUCAAGUUCUGUUUCAAUGGCUGUCCCAUUCAGUUUAGGCAAAGUUCUGGAUAUAAUUUACUCUAAUACCGGGGACGCUGAGGCGGCGAAGGCUAAAAUGAAUCGACUUUGCGGAAUAUUGGUUGGCGUUUUCUUCGUGGGGGCUUUGUGUAAUUUCGGGAGGGUCUACAUUAUGUCGACUGCAGGUUAUAGGAUGACGCAAAGACUUCGGUUGCAGGUGUUCUCUUCCCUGCUAAGACAGGAGCAGGGUUUCUUCGAUAAACGGUCGACGGGGGAGUUGGUGAAUCGCCUGUCUGCCGAUACACAGAUUGUCGGGCAGGCUUUAUCUUCAAAUAUCUCGGAUGGUUUACGGUCGUCGAUUAUGGUUGUGGCAGGAAGCGGGAUGAUGUUCUAUAUGUCGCCUAAAUUGGCCUUGGUGGGUUUGGCUAUAGUUCCGCCAAUCGCCGGAUGCGCUGUGGUAUACGGAAGGUUCGUGCGGAAGAUCUCUAAAAACGUGCAGGAUUCAUUGGCGGAAGCCACGAAUGUCGCCGAGGAGAGGAUCUCGAAUAUUCGAACGGUUCGCACGUUUGGGCAGGAGAGCAAGGAGAUCCAGAAUUACAGCGACAAAGUCAAAACUGUAUUGGAUAUGGGUUACUUGGAGUCUAGAGCGAGGGCUAUAUUUUAUGGAAUGACAGGAUUGAGUGGUAAUAUAAUCAUAAUUUCGGUGCUUUAUUAUGGAGGCGUUAUGGUUUCAUCGCAGAAUAUCACUGUGGGAAAUCUGUCUUCGUUCCUGCUGUACGCGGCAUAUAUAGGAGUCUCUGUAGGCGGGCUCUCUAGUUUUUAUUCAGACUUGAACAAAUCUGUUGGAGCCGCUAGUAGAUUGUGGGAUCUGGUUGAUAGAAAUCCUGCUAUUCCUAUAAGCGGUGGUGUUAUUCCAACGACAUUGGCCAACGGACACAUUAAAUUCAGCAAUGUGAAGUUUGCGUAUCCGUCGCGCACGGAUUCUACUAUCUUCAAAAACCUUAGCUUGGAGAUAGCCCCUGGAUCAGCGGUGGCCGUCGUAGGUCCGAGCGGUUCGGGAAAGAGCACACUUGCAGCGCUACUGCUGCGUCUCUACGAUCCCGAUGAGGGUGUCGUCGAGUUGAAUGGCUACAACAUCCGAGAUUUGGACCCAAAUUGGCUAAGGAAGCAUGUAGGAACUGUUAGUCAGGAGCCGAUUUUGUUUUCGUGCAGUAUCAAGGAUAACAUCCUGUACGGAGCGGACGACCCGGACAAAAUUACUGAAGAGCAGCUGAUGUCGGUAGCCAAAGAGGCUAACGUCACUGAGUUCGUGAGGCAGUUGCCGGAAGGUUUCGAUACAAUGGUCGGUGAAAGAGGUGUUAUGCUGAGCGGAGGACAGAAGCAGCGAGUGGCUAUCGCCAGGGCUCUGAUAAAAAAUCCUAAAAUUCUUCUCUUGGACGAAGCGACAAGUGCUUUGGAUGCGCAAUCAGAGUUUUUGGUUCAGGAAGCGUUGGAGAGGAUCAUGAAGGGCAGGACUGUAUUGACCAUAGCGCACAGACUCUCGACCAUACAAAACGCGGACGUUAUAGCAGUGCUCAAGAAUGGCGAGAUCGUCGAGAAGGGUACUUACGCUGAGCUGCUGAACUUGGAAAAUGGACACUUUAAGGAAUUGAUAAAGCACCAGACGUUCCAAGACAUCUCCGUUCCAGCCUCCGCAUCAAAUCUGCUGCAGUAAAAACUGUCUUGUACAAUACAUAGAAAGAAAGUCAAGAAAAGAGUAUAUAUACAAUUGUUGAUCGAGUAUUUAAUAUAUCUAUAAAUUAUUAAACUUUUUUGUUUUCA